ACAACAUGGCCACUCGAGUCAUUCUAGUCGGCAUCGGCGGUGCAAGCUGCUCGGGCAAGACGCUGCUUGCCAAGCAUCUCGUACGCCUGCUCCCCAGUGCUCUUCUGCUGCACCAGGACGACUUCUGUCCGCCCGAGAAGGACAUCCCGGUGCACCCCGAGCACGGCGUGCAGGAUUGGGACGACCCACCAACAUGUAUGGACUGGCCUAGGCUGCGAGACGCUUUGCGGCAGGUUAAAACCACUGGGCAUAUUGAUCAUGCGAGCAACGACCAUUUGAACCAGCAUACCGAGGUGAAUGUCGACCCUACAGUCGCGGAGCGGUGGAGGAAGCGCUUUGCGCAGGCUCCCGCUGUGCGAUGGGUGCUGGUGGACGGAUUCGUGCUUUACUGGGAUCAAGUGGUCGCCGACACCCUCGACGUCAAGCUGAUGCUUCGUGUGCCAAAGGAGACGCUCCGGACACGUAGGGACCAGCGGUCAUACGCGCUACAACACACCGACGAUGUUGCCGCUGGCACAGUGUGGGAGGACCCGCCUGGGUACUUUGACAACAUUGUCUACCCUGCGUACGUAAAGGCGCACGCCGAGGUGUUCAGAGGAGCCGACGUCGAGGAGGGAGAUGUGGAGCCCGACUCAGGCGUUGUGCUGAUUCACCCGCCGCAUGGGGAGGAGGGUAUGACUGAGGCACUGAUAGAGGCGUGUGAGGCGUUGCUGGCCGCUGCGACAGAAGGCCAAGGACACGAGACAGACCAGUUGUAACAACGCUUGUAGAAGGGGAGCAUGUUGUGAGCAUUUCAACAUUCGUACUCCAUGCAUGUACCAGGUGUGAAUGAC